UAGUAUAGUGGUGAGGUUUGCGUGGACACGAGUGUAUGUGUUGUGGCAGUAGUUGCUAUGGUAUUUUGUUGAGUAGUUCAUCAGGUAUGAGUGUAUCGGUAGAGAGUGCGUCCAGCCAACAUUCUAAUGCACAAGCUUCAACGCUUACUUCAGCCGCGCGGCCUCCUACGUCGCUGCUCUUCUCACGUGGAAAUUUGGUUAGUAGCCGGAUGAGCAAUGACAGAUCUACGACAGCACGUCCGUCUACAGCUGUACGGGGAGUUGGUUAUGGUGCAAACUCAGCUGGUUCCACAGGACAACGAUUCGACGAACUAUUUUUAGAAAAGGCCAAGCAGCAAACGCUGUCCUCUACAAAUGCAACGGUAGACACUAAAAAGGAAGUCAAUCCGCAGGUUAAGUUUAAGCACUUAGAAUCAAAGAUCACAAAAUUGCUCGAAGCUUCAAUUCUGUUAUCAACAAAAAAUGCAUUGGUUAAUAACGGCACAUCUACAGCCGAAUUAAAAUCAACAUUAUCAGAAGCGCUAAAUAAGGCCAAAGAAGCUUUUUCACUGGAUCGUACUUUGCAUCAAUUUCGGGCACAAUAUGGAGAAAAUAUUUUUCAUAAUUUCGAUCUUACUUAUGCGGUUUUCUUUAACCUGGCCGAACAGUAUGAACGCAAUGACAUGCACAUUGAGGCUCUUAACACCUACAGUAUCAUGACAAAGAAUAAAAUGUUUCCACACGUCAAUCAGCUGAAGUUAAAUAUGGGAAAUAUAUACUAUAAAAUGGGAAUAUAUCCAAAGGCAAUUAAAAUGUACCGGAUGGCUCUCGACUCAGUGCCGAAUAACUUAAAACAACUUCGACUUAAAAUAACUCAGAAUAUUGGAAUCCUAUUUGUACGCAUGGGGCAAUACAUUGAUGCGGCGUCCAGCUUUGAAUUCAUAAUGACUGAACGCGCUGAUAUUCGCAGUGGUAUACACUCCAUUCUAUGCUAUUAUGCCAUGGGAGAUGUAGAAAAGAUUAAGAGUACAUUUCGUAACUUAUGCGACAUUCAACCGAUUGAAAGCGAAAAUGAUCUGGAAAUAGAGAACAACAUUGUCAAAAUCCAACAACAUGCCACUGUCGCUUUGGGCGCAGACGCUGAUGAGCAGGAGCGUAAUUCAUCUCCUUUCCAGCAGGACGUUACUCCCUCUAUUGAGAAAGUUAUGAAUGAAGCAGCAAGUGCGAAUAUGGAGCUUGAUGGUAAUGACAGAACUAAGAAAAAUUCUGAUGCGAUCAGAAAGCGUUAUGUUACUAAAGCUCUCAAGUGUGACGAGCUGGCUGGUUAUGUCAAACAGCGACGCAAUAAUGACAAACGGGGCAUUACCAUGAUUGUAGAUUUAAUAUCACCGAUUAUCGAGGAGAAUUAUAACGAUGGCUAUAACUGGUGCAUUGAAGUUAUAAAAACUUCAAGUUUGUCUUGGCUUGCGAACGAACUGGAAUUAAAUAAAGCCUUGGUUUACUUACGCCAAAACGAAGUUAGUCAGGCAAUUGAAACCUUACAAAUGCAUAACAAAAACUCAGAAGAAUCAAUGACUGCCAGUGCACUGAUAAAUCUUUCCUUUAUUUAUAUCAAUUUGAGCAAUUUUGAUAUGGCAGCUCAUUGCAUAAACCAACUAAAUGAAUUUGGAGUUUUACAAAAUAAUGCCAUGGCACUUGUUAAUGCCAGCAUUAUCGAUUAUGCGCGUAAGGAUUAUGAUGCAGCACGAAAAAAACUAGAACGCGCUCUCCAAAUCCAACCGGACAACUUUGAAGCUAACUAUAAUCUUGGUUUGAUUGGAUUGCAAGAGAAUAAUUUGGAACUGGCUGAGGAACAAUUUGAAAAUUUGAAAAGCGUUAUGAUGGUACCACAUUCAGUCCAACAUAGCCAUGUUUAUUUUCAGUUGGCCAAACUGCAAGAGAAAUUGCAUACUAAUUCAAUGCCAAGCACCAGUUUUCGCCAUACUAUAACACAAGCGGCCUUGCAGUCCUACCUACAGGUGUUGGGCAUCUCCGCAGCCGAUACCGAUUCACGGCUAUUCGACAAAGUAGGAUCAAUUUACGAACAAGUACAAGAUCACCAGGAAGCUAAUCAAUACUACAACGAAGCAUAUCGCAUUAACCCAAGUGAUAUAAAUACCGCCAGCUCCAUUGGUUCCUACUAUAUCAAAUUGCAGGCUACAGAGAAAGCCAUAUAUUACUAUGAGCGCGCAGUACUGGCGAAUCCUAACGAUCCGAAUCUAAUGCUACGUGUAGCCAGCUGCUUUCGUAAUUCAUACUUGCCUUCUAAACAAUAUUUGGGUAUCUUUCAAAAGAUCUAUAACCGUUUUCCUGACAAUCUGACAUGUGUCCGCGCAUUGGUACAAGUCACAAAAUCACUUGGUUUAACGGAUUUACAUGAAAAAUACUCCCUUGAAUAUGCACGUUUACAUAAAGUACUGACAGAGCGCCAAAACGAUCAGCGUUACCAACAGCAAAGGCUUUCCUCAGCAACAUCCAGCAGGGGAAAUGGUCGAUUUAGAGAAUCGAAGAAUAAUAUAGAAGAUGCUUCAUUGAGAAGAUGUGUGGAAAAUGUUGAAGCUAAAACCAUAACGUCUGGAUUCAACGGGGAUCAAUAUUUGCAAAAUUUAAACUCAAAUAUGACAGGAUUUUCAUGCAUUAGUAUUUGACAGAUCACGUGGGAUUUCAGACAUGGUGUCAAAGAGAAAGAUGCUCAGUAUGCUUUGACAUUUCAUCAUGAAUAGACUUACUAACGAGCAACGCUUGCAAAUCAUUGAAUUUUAUUACCAAAAUCAGUGUUCGGUUCGAAAUGUGUUUAUCGACAAAUUUUGUUCAGCGAUGAGGCUCAUUUCUGGUUGAAUGGCUACGUAAAUAAGCAAAAUUGCCGCAUUUGGGGUGAAGAGCAACCAGAAGCCGUUCAAGAACUGCCCAUGCAUCCCGAAAAAUGCACUGUUUGGUGUGGUUUGUACGCUGGUGGAAUCAUUGGACCGUAUUUUUUCAAAGAUGCUGUUGGACGCAACGUUACGGUGAAUGGCGAUCGCUAUCGUUCGAUGCUAACAAACUUUUUGUUGCCAAAAAUGGAAGAACUGAACUUGGUUGACAUGUGGUUUCAACAAGAUGGCGCUACAUGCCACACAGCUCGCGAUUCUAUGGCCAUUUUGAGGGAAAACUUCGGACAACAAUUCAUCUCAAGAAAUGAACCCGUAAGUUGGCCACCAAGAUCAUGCGAUUUAACGCCUUUAGACUAUUUUUUGUGGGGCUACGUCAAGUCUAAAGUCUACAGAAAUAAGCCAGCAACUAUUCCAGCUUUGGAAGACAACAUUUCCGAAGAAAUUCGGGCUAUUCCGGCCGAAAUGCUCGAAAAAGUUGCCCAAAAUUGGACUUUCCGAAUGGACCACCUAAGACGCAGCCGCGGUCAACAUUUAAAUGAAAUUAUCUUCAAAAAGUAAAUGUCAUGAACCAAUCUAACGUUUCAAAUAAAGAACCGAUGAGAUUUUGCAAAUUUUAUGCGUUUUUUUUUAAAAAAAAGUUAUCAAGCUCUUAAAAAAUCACCCUUUACUUAUACAUAU